UUUUGUGGAUUUAUUUAUUCUGGUAUUUAUAUAUUUAUUGUUUUUGCAGGUUUCGUCCUCCAUAAAAGAUAUGAUUGUAAAAUACAUGAUGAACGUCAUCCUCCACUCCUUCAUUAGUAAAAUCAUAAAUGGGCUUUAUUUCGAUGACGCAUUAGUGAUACUGAAAGCUGAUUGGCUUGAUGGUUAUAUAUGCGGAAAAGAGCCAAUUUAAUCAAUCUCUAGAGUUUAUAAGAUGUCCGAUUUAUCCUCCCUUGUGCCUUUUUACACGCAUUUUGGACAGAAGCAAUGCCUACAUGAUCCAUUAGACUGUAAGUGCCUUAAUUGCGAAGUGGACGCUUUUGCUCAAUUAUGAAUAGGCUAAUGCAGAUUUUGGACACGAAUAUUUCCAAGGAUUUUAAUAAUAAUAAUAACAACAACAAUAACUGUUCAGAAAGAAUAAAAAUUAUAUUUAUUAAAGAAAACGUCCAAAUGAAGUUUGAAACAGUCAAUAAAUGUGUUCCGAUUCGACGUGCGCUCACGCGCUCUUCUCAUGUGCACGUGCAUGCAUGCGAUGAGUUGCUAUAGCGACGCGUGUUAUGAAUUCUGACUGAAUAUAUACACUCGAACCGAUCACUGUCUGUUGGUUGAGAGACGAGGCGAAUUUACAGACUUUUGCAGAGUAUUUUCUGUGCGAAUCUUGUGACUUGGAAGCUGUUGGAGGAUUUCUGAGAGGAGACUUUUAUUCUAGAAGACAUCGCAGGAUAUAUCCUUUUUAUAUAAAGUUAUAUUUUUGAAAGAGUUCCUAUUAUUUUUGAGGAUACUUUUAUUUCAUUGUUCUUCUCUUAGUUUAGAAGGAGUUUGUUUUUAUUUCUUUUUUUUUUUUAUUAAUUUUUGUUUUGUUUUAUUUUUUUAUUUUCUGUGGAGGAGUAUUUCUGAGGAGAGUUGUAUUUUAUUGUAUUGCAUUUUGUAUUGUAUUUUGUAUAGUUUUUAUUGCAGAUUGCAGGAAGAUGGCUCACAUGAUGGGUGAAAGAGGAGGUCAGGCUGUCAGGUCCGCCGACAGCUUCGAUGGAUGGCUGUGCCCUCCGCUGCCAGGUCAAGUUCCUGUCGAGCCAAAGGAGACGUUACGUGGCCUAACUGCCCAGGGUGCCAUGGAGGCUUCUCCUGUGAGCGAGAGCUCAACAGAAAAACCUACAGAACGCAGGAAGAGGAAAAGAAUUCGUUCUUUCCUCAACAGGCCGUGGAAGAUCUGGAGCCAGAGCCUGAUCCCGAGCCGCCGUCACCUGCUCCAGAUCUGGAGCCAGAGUCUGAUCCCGAGCCGCCGUCACCUGCUCCAGAUCUGGAGCCAGAGUCUGAUCCCGAGCCGCCGUCACCUGCUCCAGAUCUGGAGCCAGAGUCUGAUCCCGAGCCGCCGUCACCUGCUCCAGAUCUGGAGCCAGAGUCUGAUCCCGAGCCACCGUCACCUGCUCCAGAUCACUCCGGCGUCAAGCCAAUUAAUGAAAAACCUACAGAACGCAGGAAGAGGAAAAGAAUUCGUUCUUUCCUCAACAGGCUGUGGAAGGCGAUGAAGAGUCCUUUCCGGUGCUGUUGCCCCUGUAGUGAUGUGGAUGUUGUGGAGCCUUUUGUCCCUCCACCAGAUCUGGAGCCAGAGCCUGAUCCCGAGCCACCGUCACCUGCUCCAGAUCUGGAGCCAGAGCCUGAUCCCGAGCCACCGUCACCUGCUCCAGAUCACUCCGGCGUCAAGCCAAUUAAUGAGUCCUUUGAGUCUCUGUAUAACGUGGGAGCGAUGCUUGGAUCCGGAGGAUUUGGCAGGGUGUACGAGGGAACGCGCAAAUUUGAUGGCAAAAAGGUUGCCAUCAAGCAGAUGCUCAAGAUUGACAACGAUCGUUAUCUUCAUAUUCCUGGGCACCCCAAACCUCUCGUUACCGAAGUGGCGCUGCUGCUGAUGAUGAGGCGAGAACCCAUAUGCCCCUACGUCAUACAUCUAUACGAGUGGUUUGAACAUCCUCAAACGUUCACUCUCGUUAUGGAGUACCCGGAACCCUGCGAGAGCCUGCAUGACUUCAUCGCCCGUAACCCUCGACUGUGUGAACCAGCCGCACAGCUCAUCGUGCUACAGGCUAUGAUGGCGCUACUACACUGCCUCGAGCGUGGUGUUUUUCACCAUGACAUCCAUGCUGAGAAUUUUCUGUGGAACAAAGACACGUUUCGUCUCAAGCUGAUAGACUUUGGCUGCGGUCAGCUAUUUAGUAGUGAUGGCUACGAGAGCAAAAUAUACAUCGGAGCACCGCUUUACUGCCCACCUGAAGUCCUGACCGAACCUCGCUUCCACGCCGUCCCAACAAAUGUCUGGGCCCUAGGAGUCUUGUUGUAUAAGAUGGUGAACGGAUGUCUUCCUUUUCGCAGUAGAAGAGAAAUCACACAGGCCAAAAUUACAUUUCAUAACUCCACAUUAUCCGAAGAAUGUGCAGAUCUGAUUAGCCAGUGCCUAGCCCGGGAUCCCACUAAACGGCCGACGUUAGAGCAGAUGUUUCAGCAUGAAUGGAUUACAAGUGAUCUAGAUUGGGGAAGUUCAGGAGAUUCAGUCUGUCUGUGAUUUCAGGAAAUAACAUACUUGCUGUCCUUGGUGGAAGACUUGACCCGAAGCCUGAAGUCCAACCCCAACCUGACAGGGAACUCGGAGCCCGUCCACGUCUGAGCGAGAACACGAGAGACUGCGAGACUGGAACCAAAUCAUCAAGCAUCAUCACAGCCACAUUUGCUUUGUUUUAAAAUGAAUUUUUGCUUUGUUUUUUAAAAAGUCAAGACACCUCAUCUUUAUUUAUAUAUAGCGCCUCGUAUAUGACCGAUCUGUACAUAUGUAUAUAUCAUUUUUGAAUUAAAGAAAUGUUUUUUUUUAAACAGUCUCGGCCUAGGAGGAACCUUUGAAGUGAAAAGGCAAAGACCUAUUUUUGUGCUUCCCAAAAUAAAACUAAAUAAAAAUGUAAAUAAAACUCUA